AAACACAACGGAAGAGGUAUGUCCCAGUGGGAGACCUAAGAAAUCGCUGAUUGGACUACAGCUCGUUUUACUUUUGAACCGGAAGUUACUCUGGCUACAACGUGUUUUUUAAUAACAUGAAUGUUCUCGGUGAUCCAAACCUUACUACUGCUAUUCGAGAGUCUUUUGACUCAGGACAUACAUAUGAGGUGAUACUGGACAUGCUUCGGACCAACCACAAAGUGUCAGUUAGUAUGCGUUCACUAAAGACUUAUUUAAAAGAAGCGGGGCUACAUAGGAGAGGCAACUACUCUCCACUUCGGGAAGUGAGGCGUGCCAUUACGGCCGAGCUGAGAGGACCAGGGCAAUUAUUUGGCUAUCGGACCAUGUGGCAAGUUCUCAAACAAAAACACAACCUGUGUGUCAAACGUGAUGUUGUAAUGAGACUGCUGAGGCAGCUGAACCCUCAAGGCAUCGCUCUGAGGACUCGCAGGAGAUUUACAAGGCGCACCUAUCACUCUAUGGGGCCCAAUUACAUAUGGCAUGUAGACGGCUACGACAAACUGAAGCCAUUCGGCUUGGCCAUCUCAGGAUGCAUUGAUGGAUUUUCGAGAAGAAUGAUGUGGCUUGUUUGUGGGGCAACAAACAACAAUCCUUCUGUCAUUGCCCAGCAUUAUAUAAACUGUGUCAAGAGUCUUGGAGUGAUACCAAUGAGACUACGAACAGACCUCGGCACAGAGAACGGGACUGUGGCAGCAAUACAGUGUACCCUCCGCCAUGCACAUACGGAUUAUUAUGCUGGCUCAUCAAGCCACAGUUACGGAUCAUCCACAGGGAAUCAACGCAUCGAGUCAUGGUGGUCUUUUUUCAGAAGAGGAAGGUCUCAGUUUUGGAUGGACUUGUUUGGAGAUUUAAGAGACUCCGGAAACUUCAACGGAAGUGUUGAGCACCAGUGCUUGCUCAGAUUCUGCUUCACCAGAGUUCUGCAGAAAGACCUGGAUGAAUGCAAAAAUCUCUGGAAUAACCACAGGAUCCGGCCAAGCAGACUUGCAUCAUGUCCUGGGGGGAUUCCAAACGAACUCUAUCUCUUGCCUCACAGAUAUGGUUCAAGAGAUUGUGGAUUUCCUGUUGAGGACAGUGAUCUGGAUGUUUUCCCAGAAGCAAGUCAGGUGACAGAGUUGUGUGGUGAUAAAGACAUCGAGGAAUACCUACAGCAAGUCAUGCAACAACAUGGACAACAGCAGUCACAAAACUGGGAGUCAGCUAUGGAACUGUAUUUAUUCCUCAAACACAUAGCAAGGCUGUAGACACAAACAACCUGAAUAAAUUUUUUUUUAUAUUUUGUGUCCUGUUCAUUUUACUCAAAUGAAAACUCAUUGUUAAGGUAAGAACAUAUAACAUAAAAUAUUAUCUAUUUUUAGAUAUUUUCAUAUGAUAGCAAAAUCAUAUGAAAAUCAUAUGAAAUCAUGCUGAAAACUGAAUAAACUGCCACUUUAGAAGGAUAGCCCUUCUAAAGUGGCAGUUUAUUCAUAGUUAUCAGCUCAUGAAGUCAACAAUCCCUUUGGGCAAAUUCUGUUAUUUGAGACUGGUGUAUGUCUGGUUUAGGCUCACGAUAUGGGCAUUUGUCAAAGCUCUACAAUAUAAAAUUUUGUAUCAUUUUAAAAGGGAAUACACUCAGCUUUCAUUUAAGCCAAGCUUCGAAUCUGACCACAGCUUGUUAAACAGAAAUAACACAAACUCUUUUUGCCUUACCAAGAAACAUUGUUUUUAGUCCAGUGGUAUCCAGGGACAUCAGGGACACAAGAGUUGACAACUGAAAUACUCAGACUAAGAAAUCUGGAAAUGUAUACCAUAUACUGUUUUUUAGAUUAGUCCACCAUUAUGUAAUCCAUAAUAACCACAUAAAAACAUGACUGCAUGGUAGUAUAGAUUUGGUACAUUUCAGGAUUUCUUAGUCUGAGUAUUUCAGUUGUCAACUCUUGUGUCCCUAGAUACCAUUGGAUUACAAACAAUGUUUUUGGUUAGGCGAAAAGGAUUCAUGUUAUUUUGUUUUAACAAGCUCUGGUGACCUGAGUUGGUCAGAUUCAAAACUUGGCUUAAAUGAAAGCCGAGUGUAUCCCCUUUUAAGAUAAUACAAAAAAACUAUAUUAUGGACAUAUUAGAAAUGCCCGGACCGUGAACCUAAACCAGACAUACACCACUCUAAAAAAAAAAUACAGAAUUUGCCCUAACGGAUUGUUGACUUCAUGAGCUGAUGUCCCUUUCAAAGCUAUCACUUUGAAAAGGACAUCAUAUUAUCUAAUCUUUUCAGAAAUUAUGGCAAGGCUUUGCCACCCAGAAAUGGAGAACAACAUGGACCCUGUAUUCACAUUCACAAAAUUAGCUGAAUGCCAACAGCAUUAGAACAAGACUGCCAAGAAAUCUCUUCUUUCAG